AUGGAUCUAGGCGCUCCCCGACGAGGGCGCCUACCGAUCCACCUCUUUUUGGUGUCGCUCACCGUCCUCGUGGUCCUCACCGUGCGCUCCAGCGCCGAAGUCAUCACCCUCACCGAAGAGACCUUCUCCGACAAGAUAAAGGAGAAGGACACAAUCUGGUUUGUGCAAUUUUGCGUCCCCUGGUGUAAACACUGCAAGAACAUUGGAACACUAUGGGAGGAUCUGGGAAAGGUUAUGGAAGGUGAGGAUGAAAUUGAGAUAGGGCAAGUUGACUGUGGUGUCAGCAAACCAGUAUGCUCAAAGGUGGAUAUCCAUUCCUACCCAACAUUCAAGGUGUUUUAUGAAGGCGAAGAAGUAGCAAAAUAUAAAGGACCUAGGGAUGUGGAAUCACUGAAGAACUUUGUGUUGAAUGAAGCUGAGAAAGCAGGUGAGGCAAAGCUCCAAGCUGAUUGA